AUGAGCCUCGCUACCGAGUUACAGCAAGUCCUUGCAGGCUUUCAGCAGAAUGCGCCUGAGCCCGUCAAGGCCAUGAUCACGGCUGCCAAAGCCCAAAUUGAGGCGGACUUCAAUCGCGAAGCUGCCAUCCACGAAGGGGACAAGCUCCCAGGGUUUACACUUCCCAACGCUCUGAGUGAGGAGGUGUCCAGCAGCGACCUUUUGAAGAAAGGCCCUCUCCUGAUCACGUUCUACCGCGGGACGUGGUGCCCCUUCUGCAACCUGGCGCUCGUCCAUCUCCAGAAACACCUCACAGAGUUCGAGGCCAAGGGAGUCACCCUGGUGGCCAUCUCCCCGGAGCUGCCAGACACGUCGCUCUCCGAGUCAGAGAAGCGCGGCUUGAAGUUCCCCGUGCUUUCGGACGCCGGCAACGCGUAUGCUCGCAAGCUCGGCAUUGUCUGGAAGCAGCCCGACUCUCUUCGACCGGUCUUUGACUCUUUCGGGCAUAACCUCCCCAAGCGCAAUGGCGACGAUUCCUUGGAGGUGCCCAUCCCUACUACACUUCUGGUCGAUGGCAAGGGUGUCGUCAGAAAUGCCUUCAUCGAGGCCGACUACACCAAGAGGCUGGAGCCGGCUGUUGCUCUGGAGUGGGUCAACAAGCUGGAUUGA